AAGGGGAUAUUUUAAAUAGUUAAAAUGUUUCAAAAUGUAAUGCAGUAUAUUUUCAGUGUAACUAUUCUGUCGUUUAUGUUUACAUAAAAUGCUUGUGUUGAGACGAGGGCUUGAAAACGUCCAGCUACUAUAUUCUCAGCUUCACGGUACCAUAAGGGGUCUUGAAUGCGGUUUGUUACCCUGACGUGGUGGAGCCAUGAUGGACGACCAGAUAAAAGCAGAAGACUCAUCCGCAGAGGACGACGCCAAGCCCGGCAUGCUCCAGAAGCUCAAGCUGAACAUCUCUAAGACCGUGCAGAGUAAAGUGGAUACGAUUUUGAGAGAUGUGCAGCAGUUUACAGACAACGACAAACUCUACCUGUAUUUACAGCUCCCUUCAGGUCCGAGUGCAGGAGAGAAGAGCAGUGACACAAAUUCGGUGAACACGGCCGACCAGCUCCACACCUGCAACUGGAUUCGCAGUCACCUGGAGGAACACGCCGACACCUGCCUGCCUAAACAAGAUGUUUACGAGACAUACCGGAAGCACUGUGAAAACCUGCAGCAGAGGCCACUGAGCGCGGCCAACUUUGGUAAGAUCAUCAGAGACAUCUUCCCCAACAUCAAGGCACGCAGACUGGGAGGCAGAGGCCAGUCCAAGUACUGCUACAGCGGGAUCCGAAGGAAGACGGUGUUAAACAUGCCAUUGUUACCCAACCUGGACCUCAAGAAUGAUCCGUCCGAGCUGACCGAGCUGGUGCAGACGUACAAACAGGAAGUGACGGAAGCGGCCUGUGAGCUGAUCUGUGACUGGGCUCAGAAGAUCCUCAAGCGCUCGUUCGACACGGUGGUGGAAAUCGCACGUUUCUUAGUGCAGGAGCACAUCGUAAACCCGCGCUGCAGCCAGGCCGAGCUCGUCACCUCCGCGUCGCUCGCCGGAGGCCCCGCGAAACCUCACAAAGUGAUUAAAAAGAACCCGACAACGUCCAGAGGGAGUACAGCAGAGGAAGAAAGCACCGGCCAAGACACUAAGAAAGAUGAAAGUGAGCAGGUUGUGAAACAUCUUCCCAACGACAAAUCAGCUAAAGCUCCUGAGGUUUUGCGUUAUGGAGGCCGUGAGAUGCAGGUUGAAGCGCUGGUGAAGAAACUCCCUCAGCUCCGCCCUCGUGGCUCGAUUCCAGAAAAACCCCUCCUCUCCGUUCACGCCCCCGCUCCUGCCUUCACGCCGAAUGACUCUAGCAGCGUCCAAGUGACUCUGCCCAUCACCGUGGCAACGCUCUCGCCACAGCAACACGGCUCCUCCCACCAUCUCAUGAUCCUGCCUUCUUCGGUGGCCGUUUCCACAGCAACGCCGGUGACGACAGCAUCUAAAAGGGCCUCCGAUUCGUCCGCAGUGGGCCCGGGCCCGCCAAUGAAACGCAAAAGGGGUCGACCCAGGAAGCAGAGACCAGAAGAAACGGUGGCUGCUCAGAACGCCAGUCCGAAUCAGAACCUAAACCUGAAUCCCAGUCAGAAUCUCAGUCUGAAUCCAGUGGUGCUGAAUAGAAGCGUGAUCCAGAAGGCGCUAUCGUCUUCCUCCUCGUCCUCGCAGGUGACAGAGUGUAAAAUCGAGGAAUCCGAGUCGCGGCCCGUCAUGCUCCUGCAGGAACCGGGCCGGGCCUUGGUGAUCCAGCACGCCCCCAUGUCACGGGAAAGCCGUACCGUUAGCCAGGUGCAUCUCCCACCUCCUACUGUACACGAGGACAGGGGCAUAGUGAAGAUCACGCUCACUCCCAUCGACCCCUCCGUCACUGAAGACGACUCGGUUUGCAGCGUGUCCGAGACCAGCCCGGGGGAGGGGGAGGUCCCGUAACCGUCCGCCAAGUGUGUGUGUGUGUGUGCGCGUGUGUUUGUCUUGUCAGUGACUUUCGUGACUAACACGUCAGAUUUUUCAGUUAAGAUCGUCAUGUCUAUGUACCUUUGGGUUUUUAUUUCCUUUGUUCCCUAAUAAUCUUCUGUCUGAGGUCCACGACACACUGCAGUCGAUUAACAACCAUAACCAGGAGCCAAAAACUAAACGCACAGACGCACUCCAUGUCUUGUUCUUCUUUCAGGUGCCAAAAUUUACAGUUUAGCUGUAGCAUUUAUAUUUUAUACCUGUCGCUAUGACGAUACAGGAGCGAUAAGACAGCUACGCUUUCCUGUUUUUUUUGUUUUUACCCAACUGAAACACUGGUUCAAACCAAACAAGACAAAGAGCUACUUCACUGUGGGGGAAACGACGUGUUCGCUAAAUUAGCAUCAUUUAGCAAACACGUCUCAGCCGAUCGACUACGUUCGUGACAGACGCACAUUUUAUUGUUGGCCGAAUUGUAGCUUUAAUGCACUUUUAUUACACAGUGAUCCAGACCGAGGACGAGGACACUGGCCCUGUGGCACCCUGACCAUCACUCUGUGUGUGUGUGUGUGUGUGUGUGUGUGUGUGUGUGUGAUGACUGAGUGUGUGUUGAAGUUGUGGAGGUGAUGUUACAGUGCUAUUACGGGUUUGUAAAUCGAGGGCUUUUACAGCGUCUCUCUUCAACUUAAAACUGCAGUGACAAAGAUUUAAAUAAGCAUGCACACACACACACACACACACACACACACACACACACACACAAUGUAAAGUUACCAAGACUCUUUUUUUUUAGUCAUUUCACAGCAGUGAGAGAUGCGAUGGGAUUUUAGUGUUUAGCGUGUAAAUAGAUGUGUGUGAAACUCGGUCACAGUGAACGUGGGCGUGCGGUACGUCUGCUCUCUCCGACAGCUUCCCCAAACGCCUGGCAGACGUCACGCGCUCUGAUCCCGGAGUCACCGAGUUUUCACUCCCAAUAACACCGACAGAGCCGUCUUCAUUCUCAUCUCAUAUAAAAAAAAAACAACAAAAUGACACACGAGUCGACCUGCAUGUGACUCUGGAAGGACCGACACACAUGUGAACACUGAUUAUUAAGUGGCCCCCCUGGUAGCCCCGCCCUCUUUCGUCACAUUAGUAUCGUUCGUUCUGCUGUCCUCGUCUCGCCCCGGUCCGGGUGUUUACGGAGACCCUUCAGGAAGCCCCUUUUCUGUGCCAAAAGAAGAUUGCAGUGAUGUAGUGAAAGGCAGCUAACGCUAACUGUUUAACUGUUAAAACAACUGGUGUAAGAUUCUUAUUAAAUUAUUCUAAUCAGGCCGCGCAGCAGUGUGGUGAUUAAUGACACGCUCUCAGAACCUGCACCGGGGGCAGAUUGUUAUUUACCUUUAACUCAGUGAGGUGAUCAGUGGCAGCUUUGUGAAUAAUAAUAAUAAUAAUAAUUAGGCCCAAUUUUCUCACAAGCUGUUAAUAAAUAUAACAGUAACACAAAGUAAUAGUUGUUUAAACACUUUUAAUCAUGUAGAAUUCUCACUGGUGUAUGAUCUCAGUUCUCAGGAAAACUCCAAACACAACACACGCUCAUACACACAAACACACAAAUACACACACAUACUCAUACACACUCACACACACUAAUACACACACACACUAAUACACACACACAUAUGCUCACACUCACACACACACACGCUCACACUCACACACAUACUCAUACACACUCACACACACUAAUACACACAUACACACAUGCUCACACUUACACACAUAUACAUACACUCACACACACGAACACUCACACACACACUCUCACACACACUAAUACACACACACACACACAUGCUCACACUCACACACAUACUCAUACACACUCACACACACUAAUACACACAUACACACAUGCUCACACUUACACACAUAUACAUACACACACACGAACACUCACACACACACUCUCACACACGAACACACUCAUACACACACACUGUAGAGCUGCCGGCUCUUCUUGCAGCUCGUUUCCAGGAGGAAACUGGAGAACUCUGAGGAAACCUGAGCAAACGGAGUGACGAGGUGUGAAAGUGCACACAGACAGUAACAGGAGCCUGGAGCUGAUGUACAGGAGCGACAGAGUGAGAGUUUACACUGUAAAUCAUGAUCCUUCUCCCAAACUGAUCCAGGAAAUAAAGCAGUAAAAGCGA